AUGCAUCCGCACCCCCACACGGAGGCUAACUUUCUGCUGAUCCACGGCAAGAACUGCUGUGUGUUCCGGGAUGACUUCAUCGCCAACGUCCUGCCGCCCGUGCUGGGGCUGGAGUUCGUGUUCGGGCUCCUGGGCAACGGGCUGGCCCUGUGGAUCUUCUGCUUCCACCUCAAGCCCUGGAAGUCCAGCCGGGUGUUCCUCUUCAACCUGGCGGUGGCCGACUUCCUGCUCAUCAUCUGCCUGCCCUUCCUCAUGGACAACUACAUGCGCAAGUGGGACUGGAAGUUCGGGGACGUGCCCUGCCGGCUGAUGCUCUUCAUGCUGGCCAUGAACCGCCAGGGCAGCAUCAUCUUCCUCACCGUGGUGGCCGUGGACCGCUACUUCCGGGUGGUCCACCCGCACCACGCCCUCAACAAGAUCUCCAACCGCACGGCGGCCGUGGUCUCCUGCCUCCUGUGGGCCCUCACCAUCGGCCUCACGGUGCACCUGCUCUACCGGGACAUGAUGGUCAAGAACGACGACGCCUACCUGUGCAGCAGCUUCAGCAUCUGCUACACCUUCCGCUGGCACGACGCCAUGUUCCUGCUGGAGUUCCUUGUGCCCCUGGGCAUCAUCCUCUUCUGCACCGCCCGCAUCGUGUGGAGCCUGCGGCGGCGGCAGAUGGACCGGCACGCCAAGAUCAAGCGGGCCAUCACCUUCAUCCUGGUGGUGGCCGUGGUCUUCGUGCUCUGCUUCCUGCCCAGCGUGGCCGUGCGCGUCCGCAUCUUCUGGCUGCUGUACACCACGGGCCUCGCGGGCGAGGGCGACUGCGGGGCCUACGCCUCCGUGGACCUGGCCUUCUUCAUCACCCUCAGCUUCACCUACAUGAACAGCAUGCUGGACCCGCUCGUGUACUACUUCUCCAGCCCGUCCUUCCCCAGCUUCUUCUCCGCCCUCCUGCGCCGCUGCCUCCGCAGGAAGAAGCCGGAGGGGCCGCCGCUGCCGGACAACCGGAGCACCAGCGUGGAGCUCACGGGGGACCUGGGCGCGUCCAGGAGCGUGCCCGGCGCCCUGAUGGCCGAGGCCGGGGAGCCCUGGAGCCCCCCCUCGUAUCCGACGGCGGCCGCGGCCUCUCGCUAA